ACCCAUUUUAUAGAUAGCCGAAUGGAAUGGGACGGAGCAGAGUCGUGCAUAUCAUCAACGAGCGAAAGUGAUUGUGGAAACUGCGCUGCUGAUGCUGACGAUGAACAGAGUGAUUGGGUCGGGUACGCUCCCUCCGUGACCGAGGGUGACUUUCGCCGAGCUCGACGUCUCCAAAGAAAGCAACAAAUGUCGCAGAUUCAACGACGUCUAGAAAGAUUCGCGCUUGAAGGAGGCCGCGGCGAAAUGAACAUCGAAUUUCGUAUCAAAGAUCGUCCGAACUCUGUCCAAGUAAUGUGGUUUUACGUUGUUCUUAAUUAUGCUUGGUGCAUCAGAAUCCCUUUUUCGACAUCUGCUAUUGUCAGUUUUCCAUCAGAGAUAUGUUAUGACUCAUCCUGA